CUGGGCAGCGGCCACCCUCCCCUGGCGGUGACGCACAGGGGCACGGCAGGGUUGGAAGGUCAACAGCUGGACCCUGGAGAUGGACACGCAGGCCAACAGGAUGAACGCCCUGCCCCCCAGCCCCCUGGCUCUGGAGUAUCUGGACGAGUUUGACCUGCUGAAAUUGGAGGUGAAGCAGGAGGCGGCCAGGGCGGGCGGGAGCGCCUCGCUGGACUCCACCCCCUGCAGCUCGGUGCCCCCCUCGCCCACGUUCGACAAGGCGGGGGACAAGUCCACCCUGGAAGAACUGUACUGGAUGGCCACACUCCACCAGACGCUGGCGGCGGCGGCAGGGGGCGGCCCCGAGGGCCAGCUGGUGCCGGGCUUCGACGAGGCCAUGGAGGCCCUCCUGGGGGUCCCCCUGGCGGAAGGGGGCCUCCGCGGGGGGCCCAAUCCCCAGCUCCAGGGGUUCCUGGGAGCCACCGAGGGGCUGGCCGGAGAACAGCAGCAGCCGCCUCUACUCUCUGACCACUUCUCCGAUGCCCAGCUGGUCUCCAUGUCGGUACGGGACCUCAACCGGCAGCUCCGCGGCUUCGGCAAGGACGAAGUGCAGCGCCUGAAGCAGAAGCGGCGCACCCUCAAGAACCGCGGCUACGCCCAGUCCUGCCGCUACAAGCGGGUGCAGCAGCGCCACGUCCUGGAGGCCGAGAAGUCCCAGCUGGCCCAACAGCUCGAGUCCCUACGUGUCGAGAUGGCCCGGGUGGCCCACGAAAGGGACGUAUACAAGGCCCGCUGCCAAAAGUUGCUGGGAGACACCGCAGGGGGACGUUACGGGGAGGGGGCGGAGCCUCCCGUGCCGCAGCCCGCCUCGCUGGCACAGUUUUUUCUAUGA